AUGGACAAGCACCUGGCUCCCUUUGAUCCAGCGUCGUACACACGCCUGGAUCUCCAGCAACCAUCGCUGGAUGCCAUUCCGCCUUAUGCGCGGGGCCGCGUCUACAACCGCUACAAUGACAUUCUCCCCUCGCCCGCCUCGCGCGUCAUCCUGCCCGAGGAACGUGGCGAUCCCGCCACGACCUACAUCAACGCCAAUUAUCUCCCCUUUCUCGGUAACCCAAAGGCCUACAUUGCCGCCAUGGGCCCCCUCCCCACCACCAUUCACAGCUUUCUGCGCAUGGUGAUCGAGCACAAGACCGUCGCCAUGGUAUGCCCCCGCAGUCCGCCCCCACAGUCCGUCUCCGCCAUCCACUGCCCGCCAAACAUGCGUCGGCUUCCCUGUCUCACCAUGUUCACUCGACAGGUCAUGACCACAAACUUUGAAGAAAAAGGUCGCAAAAAGUGUGAAUGUUAUUGGCCAGAGCUCCCGCAAGAUACCAUGGAGUUUGGCGACAUCAAGGUCUUCAACGAGGGUCAACAGCAAGAGCAGUUCUUCCGCAUCACCCGCUUGCGGCUGGAGCGGGGUGGCACGAUCCAUCGCGUUACGCACUUCUUUUACAACACAUGGCCCGAUCGCGGUGUGCCACGAAGUGAUGAUAACGUCAUGUUGACGCGUGGAGUGGUCAAGAUGCUGGCUGCCGUGCGGCGCCAUCGCAUCCAGACCGACAAGGCCACCAGCCCCCUUCUCGUGCAUUGCUCAGCCGGCGUCGGCCGUACCGGGUGCUUUGUUCUCAUUGAUCAAUGCUUCCGCCUUUUGGAACACAAUCAACGCCUGGAUCUGGCGGCCUUGAUCAAGGAAAACCGUCGCUAUCGCAUGGCCUUUGUCCAAACUCCCGAACAGUUUGAGUUUGCUUGGCGCACCGUCGCUGGUUACAUCAACUUUCGCCUGAAAACUAUGGCCCAGGCCCAAGCUACACCCUCUUCCACGAGCUCCAGUCAAGCCCCCGUGCCCGCCGCCAGAGCAAGCCCUGCACCGGUACCGGCGGCCGAGCCCUCCCCUCCAACCAGUCCCCGCGAGCCCAAGGAAGGGGACGUGCUCAUUACGACCGAGGCCUACAGCAAUCCGGACGGACACGACGACACACUCUCCUUUCAGGCGGGCAUGCGCUGUAUCCUCAUGGAAAAGUCAGAACACUGGUGGCGCGUUUCCAUGCGCAAUCAGGACGGCUGGGUGCUACCUAGCCUUUUGCGUCCUGUCGGCACCACGCCAGUGCCAUCGUCAGGGUCUACUGCGGCGCCAGCAUCUGCCAAGCCCACUACCAAGACCCCAAGCGCGCAGACAAACACCCAAGAAGCGGCGCCAGACCUCUUUGCCACUAAAUCCACCCCAGCAGCCGAGGAACCCCCGACCAAACAAGCUGCUUUGGGCGGCCAUGAUAGCCAAAGCGGAUCAAGGGCGCUGUCUGCAGCUACAUCUGCUUCCUCGCUGCGUUCGACCACGUCACCUUUUGAUAAUCCCUUCGGCAAAGAGCCACGUGCUGCCGGAACGGCCUCGCCCACUCCCAUGCAGAAUCCGUUCUCGGCCAAAGCAGGCAACUUUAGACGCCCCACUCGCUCGUCCAGUUCCUCCACCACUGGUGGAGUCAUCACCAAGAACCCUUUUUUGGCCUCCAUGAAAGUCAAGCCCGGCCAAAAGCUGCAGGCGCGACCAGAGCUCAGCUCGUCGGCCAAGUCCAGCGUGGCGACUGAUGCCACGACUGCCAGCAGCAUGGAUACCGCGCCACCCCGGGACGAUGCCGAUGAGGACGAGGUUUUUGAUGACCCUGAUCCUGCUCCUGUGGCAAGUCCAGUCAAGCAGCAAGGGGUGCUCGAGCAAGAGCGACCUCUAACAUUUGAAGAGAUUAUGGAUCGAGCCACCCGGAUGGACGAGAACGGCGACGAGCUCCCUCCGUCGGACGACGAGCCCGAAACUGAGGUUAAAAAGCCUGAUGGCGUUGCAGCUGCGGUGGCUCGGGAUCAGCCGGUUGUGCCGACUCAGCGCGCCCCGGCUGCCGAGACCACAAUGCCUGUCUCCAGUGUUGAAAAGGCACCGCGGCCAAAGGAGGCCUACCAGUCUGAUUUGCCGGCUUGGACGUAUGUGGAUGAGCACGGUGAGCUGCGUCGACUGGCAGAUCUGGCGCCGGCUUAUAAGCAUGAAUUUUCUUUGGACCAAGCCCGGCUGCGUCAUUUCAGUGAGAUUGAGGGCCCGGCCAUCGUGUCGCACAACCAAGAGUGGAUUGAGCUUGCGACGGGUCUACCCGCGCGUGCCCUCGUCUCCGAAGCCUGA